UGCUCACAUUGCUGUGUAUGUGGCCACGUACUUGCAACAGUCCUUUUCUGUAUCUUCAAAUGUGUCCGGUCAGACACACAAACAGGUUCGACAUAUAGUUAUCAUGCCAGGGAGUCAGAGACCACAAUUCGUGUGUGGACUACGAAACAUAAUAAUAGGAUGUACCUUGGUCAUUUUCUCCUUCACAUUUGUUGCUCAAGGAAUACUUGGUUCAGGACUCUAUGACUGUCCCAGACAGACUUUUAUCCCUUUCUACAUGUCCCUGUAUGGGAUCAUACCACUCUUCCUGGCACUGAGCUUAUGGUACAACUGGUGCAACACUUUCUGUUGGUCCAUGACCAUCAUCUUCCUGUGUGGCUGGUUACUUGCAGGUAAUAUAGUCAUCUACUCCAUUUAUGAACCCAACUACAACAAGAAUAUGACACAGCCUGAUGUGUACUGCAACAAGACGCUCUACCUGUUCGCGUUUUGGUUCACCAUUGUGACCUACAUCCUGUUAGCACUGCUCUUUUUAUCUUUUUGCUAUUGUAGACAACGAGAGCCCGAUGGUGACAAUGACACUCAAAGACUUGUGCGGUAAUUAAAUAGAGAUAAUUAAAACAAGACAACAAUUAUGGCAGAUGGUGCAUUUAAAGACAGUUUUCCUGUGUGUCAGGGUAUAUACCAUGUACAUUCCACAACACUCUUUUAAUAUGUAAAAAUAUCCUUGGAUAAAGCAAGUUUUAGAGUGGAGCACAACUCUACGUGACAGGAAGAUGUGUCUGUGGCUGGACACAAACCACUUACUGUCCUGUUGCAGAAAGAGCAGCAUUGUGUUUGCAAAUAAGUCAUGAAACAGUUAUUCCCCAUGUUCUUUAUCAUUAACAUAUCAUGCUGUGUAGGAGUCUUGAGCCACCCCUAUAUUUUGCAUUAAUAUGUUUAUUAAGACAUGCAAACAUACAUGGAAAUACAGCAUAUAAGGUAAAAACAGAAUCUGUAUAAAGUCAACAUUUGGUGUGACCAUCUUUAUUCUUCAGCACAGUCUGCACUCUCUCAGUCAAACUUUCUUAUUAUUUCUUUAAGUAGUCUUCAGGAAUAGUUCUCCAGGCUUCUUGAAUUCCAAGCUCUUCUUUGGAUGGUGGUUGGAUGAUUUAUAGGUCACUGUUGUUGUCAUAUUAUCACGUUCACCAUCGUCAAGCAUCACGCACCCGAGUUUGCCAUUCCCUCAACUGCUGUUCAGGUUUUCUGUCAGAUACAGUGACUACACUGAAAAUGAGUGAAAAAAGCAGCCAAUGAAAGACCCUCAGAAAACCUGGAGAACUAUUUCUCAAGACCACCUUAAAAAAUUACAAUUAAAAGUCUGGCUCCUUGGGAAAAGUUUUUUAAACAUGAGGGGUGGCUCAAGUCUUUUGCACAGUGAUGAUAUUACGUGAUGUAAUUAAAUUUUAAUAAAAUGUAUCUACAUGUUAAUUUAUUGUCUUUAAAUAAAAAUAAAUGAAAUGUUA